AUGCCCGUUGUUGAUAUUGAUAUUGAUCACCGAGUUGUUUUAGUUAUGGAAUCUAACUUUGAAAUUAAGGAAGAAUUUGUUGAAAGUGAUCAAAGACUCAUAGAGAAUCAGCUAUCUACAUCAACUGAUCCUGGAGACUUAAAGAAUGGACCACAAGGAAACUCAGCUAGGGCUGUAAAAACUGAAAUUAAGGAUGAGUUUGUUGAAGAUGAUCCAAGAUAUGUAGAGAGUCAAAUAUCCACCUCCCUUGAUAUGACAGACUUGAAGAAUGAACCAGAUGACUAUAGCUCAGAUAAGGCUAUAAAAUCUGAAAUAAAGGAAGAGUUUGUUGAAGAUGAUCCAAGAUAUCUAGAGAGUCAAAUAUCCACCUCCCUUGAUAUGAGAGACUUGAAGAAUGAACCAGAUGACUAUAACUCAGAUAAGGCUGUAAAAUCUGAAAUAAAGGAAGAGUUUGUUGAAGAUGAUCCAAGAUAUAUAGAGAGUCAGCUAUCCACCUCUCUUGAUCUUGGAGACUUAAAGAAUGAAGAUACCUCAGUUAUGGAAUCUAACUUUGAAAUUAAGGAAGAAUUUGUUGAAAGUGAUCAAAGACUCAUAGAGAAUCAGCUAUCUACAUCAACUGAUCCUGGAGACUUAAAGAAUGGACCACAAGGAAACUCAGCUAGGGCUGUAAAAACUGAAAUUAAGGAUGAGUUUGUUGAAGAUGAUCCAAGAUAUGUAGAGAGUCAAAUAUCCACCUCCCUUGAUAUGACAGACUUGAAGAAUGAACCAGAUGACUAUAGCUCAGAUAAGGCUAUAAAAUCUGAAAUAAAGGAAGAGUUUGUUGAAGAUGAUCCAAGAUAUCUAGAGAGUCAAAUAUCCACCUCCCUUGAUAUGAGAGACUUGAAGAAUGAACCAGAUGACUAUAACUCAGAUAAGGCUGUAAAAUCUGAAAUAAAGGAAGAGUUUGUUGAAGAUGAUCCAAGAUAUAUAGAGAGUCAGCUAUCCACCUCUCUUGAUCUUGGAGACUUAAAAAAUGAAGAUACCUCAGGUACUCUAGUUACUAAGAAUAUAAUUUACCUCUUUGGUUCAACAACGACAUCUUCAUUAUUUGGUCAACAGCCAACUGCACCAGCUCCUAGCUUGUUCGGCACUGCAACUUCAGGAACCAGUGGCUUUGGAACUGGAACCAGUUUGUUUGGUUCGACAACAACUACAUCAGCGCCAUCCUUGUUUGGAACUGGUUUUGGAUCCACUACAACCACCGGAGGAUUUGGAGGCUUUGGAGGCACAACUUCGACUUUUGGAGGCUUUGGACAACAAGCGCAGACGUCAUUUUUUGGUAAACCUGCUGUUCCACCGGCUGCACCUCAACAAGUUCCCCCUUCGAAGAAUCAACAAGUUCUAGCUUCUGUCUACUCAAUUAAUGUUUUUAACGACGAAAGGGACGACAUUCUUAAAAAAUGGAACAUGCUACAAGCUUGUUGGGGAACAGGGAAAGGCUACUACAACGGCCAACUGCCGCCCAUUGAAUACGAUACUCAAAGCCCAUUUUACAGAUUCAAAGCGAUGGGUUAUAAUGUCAUUCCAGAGCAUGAUAAUACGGACGGCAUUGUCAAAUUGGUUUUUAAUAAGAAAAUCGACGAAAUGAAAACACAGUCAGAAGUCCUUAAAAAUGGCAUAAGCGGAAUAUUGGGAAAUAAACCAAACUUAGUAGUUGAAAUUAACCAAAUACGAGCUCUAUCUGCUAAUCAGACGGAAGUGAGAAUAGUGGUACAAGAAAAAGGUGUUACAGGCACCAGCAGAAAAAUCCCUGCAUCAGAUCUGGCAAACUUCUUAAAUCAACCAAUGCCAAAACAACAACUCUCUACCGUAAUGGUUACGUCAAUUACUCCAUAUGUAACUCCAUCCAAAGCUGAGUUGGAAGAGUAUUUAAAGAAUCCUCCAUCAGGCACUGAUUUGCAGAUGUGGCGGGCUGCCAUUGACGACAAUCCGGAUCCCAAGAAAUACAUCCCAGUGCCUGUAAAUGGGUUUUCUACACUCAGAUCUAGGUUGCUUAACCAGGAACAUCAAACAGGAUUACAUCAGGCGUUUCUCGACAAAGUGAAUAAAGAAAUUACUGAUUUGAAAAUUAGACAUUCUGCGUCUGUGGCAAAAAGUAACGAACUCAAAUCUAAAUUUUAUGAGCUACAGCAUAGAAUAUUAAGGAUUUUGGUCAAGCAGGAAUGUACUCGUAAAGUAGGUGUUGCCAUUUUACCAGAGGAGGAAAUUUUACGAGGUAGACUCGAAACCAUGUAUCAGCUGUUACACAAUCCCAAACAGUUCAAGAUAUCUGAUCACGAAAGCAGUCACACUGAGUCAGUACUCUCAGCGUUAGGUGAAGAAAAUACAGACUUCCAAAUAUCUGGUCCUUCCGUACUAUCAGCAGAUACUUCCACUUAUAGUAAAACGCCAUCUGGUUGCAGGCAACGUGGGCGAAAAUCAAAUCCUAGAGAUGAUCUUUUAAUUACAAUUAAUGAGAAGUUAAACCGGUCAAAAGCAGAUGGGCAUGAAAAGGAUAUUACGGUUUAUGGAGAAAAUGUUGCUAAGAAAUUAAGGGUUCUCUUAGAACAUUUAACCCUAGAUUACCGGAAAUUCGUAAAUUUUACGAUCCGCAUAUUUCUUUAA